GUGCCACCAAUGCCGUCGCGAAGAAGAGGUGUCCGAGAGAGGGAGCUUCACCCGCGCCGUCUUCUAGCCAUCGUCCGGCCCGUCAUCUUCGGCGACUCACUACCGUCGCUGGGGAAACCGCACGCCUUCGAGGUUCCUGCCGUCGCCUUGGAGUCUGCCGUCAGCGUCGCGGCCAGAGGGGAGAUCUGAGAGAGAAGGAAGAGGACGCCAUGCUCCCGCCACCGUCCGCCACGUCUUGCCUGCGUCGUCAUUCACGUUCAUCGCCGUCCAGCCGUCGGAGCGAGCUUGUUGCCGUCGAGGUGGAGUUGGUGUCGCAGGCGAGAGAGAGAGAGAAUAGCGCGUGAGGAACAGAACGCAAUGGAGGAGAGGGAUCUUGUCACCGUCGGUCUAUGGCUGCCACUGGUGAUGGGUUGCGGAGAAACCAUGCCGCCAUCGCCGGAAGAACACUCCCGCGGUCAUCUAAGUCGCGUGGAGAGAGGAAGAGCCGCUGGGUGUCGCCGCACCUUGCCUCCGCCGCCUCUGUCGCCGAAAACAGCCGCUGAGUCCUCGGUAUCGGUAAGCGUUUCCGAUUCGAGAAGCCUUUUGUCACUGCUCUGUGAACUUAUGCUGAGGUGUUACAGUGUCUUCUGUCACAGGGUCAUGUAUCCAUGCUUGCAUUUCGUGCUCGGAGUUCGCAGCUGCCUUGUUUUGUCAUUUCAGUAAGUGUGUAUGUUUUGGAAGUCCCCGCGUUAGUGUUCUGCACGUGUAUUAGAGUCUUUGCGAUAUGAAUGUUCUUAGGAUUUAGUAACCGGGUUGCAUGUUGUGAUUUUAGAGCAGCUUAUGCUGUUGCGCAAGUGGCGGGGCUGUGUUUUGAAGCUACUGUCGAUUUUGGAUCAAGACGAAAGAAAUUCUAAGACGUUUGGGUUGUGGUUUUGGCGUUUUGAGGCAAGGGCGCUUUCCAAAAACUAUAUUUUAUAUAUUGGAAUUAUUACAUAUGGAUAUUGAUGUGAGACAAUGUGUAUUUGGUGAUUGUAUCAGCCUUAUGUAUUGUUUGAUUGUCUCGAAUGAUUAUGAAUGUUGUUUGGUUGGAUUAUUGUGCAGUUUUGUGAAAUAGAAUGUUUUCAAGUUGAUUCUUUUAAAGAUUUGAGAUCGAGUUUAAUCCGUUGAGAAUUGAUUUGAAUUGAGUUAAUUUUCUUGAUAAUGUGAAAAAUAGAAUAUAC